AUGGUAAUGUUCACAAAACUAUGGAUGGCCAACCAGCACAACAACAAUGACGAUAAUGAUGAUGAGGAACGCAAUAACAAUAACAACAACAGUAGUAGUGAACGUCAGAGUCUCCGUCCAAACCAACGCCCGCAAAGUCAGCAUCAAAAGCAGCCAUCCAAGAAGAAUGUCCCACAAAACCCACCACCACGCACCAUUGAAUACGGAUCCAUUUUCGCUCAAGCAACUGCUGCGGAACAAGAAGCAGAUGCUAACAACCACGAUCACGACCACGACCACAAGACUGUGACAUGGGGAGAUAAGAACAACAAUGACAAUGGUGUUGACAAUUAUGAAAACAACCUUUACAAUGGGGAUUCAGAAGACAAUUCAAAUGAUGGAGAAGAAGAAGCAACCUCCAAUUCGCAAGAAGCAGACUUGCCCAGUUUGACGGCGGCCUUUCAAAAUUUGGAAAAUCGACCCAUCAUUAUCAAUUGUUUGAUUUAUCUGGCCCUCUACAUGACCAUUGCCGUCGUUGCCUAUUCAUUUGUCUUGGAGCAAUGGACCAUUAUUGACAGUCUGUAUUUUGCCGUGGCGACCUUCACGACUUGUGGAUAUGGGGAUUUGGAACCCAGCACGCCCAUCGGUCAAGUCUUUACCAUUUUCUUUGCCAUUUAUGGGGUGAUUAUUCUGGGCGUCUUCAUUGCCAUUUUUGGGUCCUUCAUUUCGGAAUAUCAGACCAAGGCCAUGAAAAAAUUUCAGCGCAAAAAGCAAGAGCAAAUGUUGGAAACCCUAUUUGAUACUUCCACCAUUACCAGCACAUAUAGUGCAAGCAGUAGAGGCAGCAGAGGUAGCCGAAGCGAACAUGCUUUUGUUGCAACGACGGCAACAACGACGACAAUGACGAAUGCUCAGGAUGCGGGCAAACAACCUACUGCUUUGAAGGAUGACAUGAGUAAAGAAACAGAUGAAACGGAACCGAUUGAAGAGUCAGGGUUUUGGAGAGAUCAUGUUUCCUUGGCCGAUGAUUGUUGGAAAGUUGUAUAUUCCGAAGCUCCCUUGAUUGGCUUGGUGGCCGUCAUGUCUUUGAUAUUGGGACUUCGUGAAGGUUGGAACCCUAUCUCGACCAUGUAUUUUUGCAUCAUGGCCGCCACGACAACAGGAUACGGAGACUAUACACCGGUCAAUCAAUUGGACAAGCUGUAUUGUGUCAUCUUGUUGCCCUUGGCCGUGGCCGUCUUUGGAGAAGUCCUGGGAAGGAUUGCCACGGUGUAUAUUUCACGCAAACAGCGUGUCGCACAAUUCAAAUUUCUGCAUCGAUCGUUGACCAUGUGCGAUAUCCGUAACAUGGAUUCAGAUGAAGAUGGCAAGGUCGAUCGGGAAGAUUUUGUCAUGUUCAUGUUGGUCGCUCUUCAAAAGGUCGACAAAGAUACGAUCAAGGAACUUCAACGGAUUUUUGAUUCGUUGGACAGACUAGGAGAUGGCUUUUUAGAUGAGGCGGAUAUUACCGCAUUGGCGGAAGAAAACUAUUUGCCCACAGUCGAACGGAUUCGGGAAGAAUAUAUAGAGGCGGAAGUGGAUGAACAAUUAAUAGAGGACCUACCCGUGGAAGAAGACGAAGAACCGGAAGAAUCAUCGUCGCCCAACGGUGCUGCUAGUCCGACGAGCAGAAAGCAUCGACGAUUCCACACAGUUUUAUAA